AUUGGAGCACUUCCGGCAACAUUACCAUACUCCCACCGGUUGUUCGUUGUUAAUGGAAAUCUGCCCAAUGGAUCACCCAACCCGGCACUGAAAUGCUGAUUAUGCAAGUUAGCAACCAAAACCUGGAACACAAAUUGUGCACUGUGGAGAUCGCAGUAGUUCGAAUCUUUGUUUUUAUUUUUUGGAGCACAUACGCUGGAUACGUGCCUGUGAUGCUUUUUUUGGUGAAUUUGGCUAUGACGCGUUAGCACACCGCAGAUCGCAAUUCACAACUGGAGAUUGUGUUAUGCUGCAUUUAUGGAGUGCGUAUCCGUAAGACGAAUCAAGAAGAAGUUUUGAUUUACCGCCAACGUAGAUGGAGGUUGACACCGAAGAUCCCCGGCCCCCUCGCCGCGGAAUUCUCCGAAGUAUCUCCAUUAAAAAUUUUAUGACAUAUGGCGCGGAUGGCGAAGGCAAGCCGUUCGUCAUCGAACUGCAGCCGAACAUCAACAUUCUCUCGGGUCCCAACGGAGUCGGCAAGAGCUCCAUCGUGUCGGCCAUCAUGGUGUGCUGUGGAGCAACGUGCGGUUUUAUUGGGCGCACCGGUGGAAGGAGCCUCGGCGAACUUGUCAAACGCGGCGCGGAUCGCGCGGAAAUCGAGAUCACUCUUUAUGAUCCAUUAGGAAAAAACGAACAAAUCCGCUUCAAGCGGAGAUUAUUCUCUGCCAAAGCGCACCAGCACCUGUAUUAUGUGAACGGUGAUCUGUCGUCGGCGGCUGAUUAUUAUCGUCGCCUGCACGAUUUCCGCAUUAAAGGCAACAAUCUCACACAAUUCCUGCCGCAAGAACAAGUCUGUGAAUUUUCCAAAUUAUCCCCAUCGGAACUGCUCAAACAGACCGAAGAAGCGCUCGGUGCGGACGUGGAAGAGCUACACGACGAACUGGAAUGGCAUCGAGCGAGCUGGAACAAAAUGGAAGAAGACAUCAAAGACCUGGGCGUUGCUGUGGAGCAGCGAAUGGAACAGGAAGGCGAGUUGGAGAAGGAGAAGAAGAAACACCAGGAACGGGCUGGCAAAGCGGAGAAUUUACUGGCAAUACGGGCCAAAAUGCUGGCUACGGAAUUGCAGUUGUUGAAAUCCGCUCAUACACAAAUGCAGGAGGAUGCGGAGCGUCGCGAGAAGACGAAGAAGGAUAACAUUGCGGCAGCAACCCAGGUUGUUCGAGGUGUAUACACGGAAUCCAUACAGCCAGCGCCUGUAUCAACACCGAGACCGGGCAGUAUUCAUCGUUUACUCUCCACGGUCAGCAAUGCGCAGAGUGCGGAUGGAAAAAAAGCAGAAGAGAGUUCGAAAAUUCGGGACGACCUGGCUAUAGCGAUGCAAGAUCCGGACGAAGUCAACUACCGGAUGCAACUGCAAACCUUAAACGACGAAAUCACAGAAUUGGAAGAAUGGAUUGACAAAGAAGGGUCGGUUGCGGCGUUACAGAACAGGCAGAGCGAUUUUGAAGAUCGUGUCGACAAGAUUAACAAAGAUAUUGCGGCUGUCCAAGCAGCUAGCGGAACGAUUAGGGCUUACUAUCUCGAUUCCCGUAAGCGUUUGGUUAAUUUGAUCGAAAAAGGCUUUCUUCACAACGAUGUACUAACCGCGUGGAAGUGGUUGAAUGAAAACUAUCCAAAGAAAGUUAUCGGGCCUCUUUUCUUUUACAUUUGGCCGAAAACUAAUGGCUAUCUUGCGCAACUGGAAACCGCCUUUGGCAAGGUUCUGUCGCAUUUUAUCUGCUUGGACAAGGAGACACUGCUUGAAGUGUUCGAUGAACUGAAAGUGAAAAAAGAUUUGAAGCAUGUAUCCCUCAUUGGUCCUGUCAGGACGCCGGAAACUCCGCAAAAAGAGAUCGUCGACGAACACAAAGUAAUGAUGGGCCGUCUGGGAUUCACGAAAGUGCUAUCGGAUUUGUUUGAUACCAUUCCGCCCGUUAAACAGUUUCUGCAGUCCUAUGCCAAGAUCGGCACCACUCUGACUGGACUGGGUUUGGAUGACCGGCAGGCGAUUAAUCUCUUUCGGUUCUGGGGAUUUCCAUCUGACACCAUGACCGCACUGGAAGGUGUUAAGUUCCGGUGCCUCACCAAAGACUAUCAGUUUGAAGAUAAGGGUCCUAAUGAUUUGGAAACAGUUUUCGCCACUCCAGUGGUGCAGCCUCGAUUACUCGAAUACGAAUCCUCGAAAGCAUACAGAGCCAACGAAAGGCAGCGUGACGAGGCUCAGGAAAAGAUUCGACAAAAGAAAGUUGAAAAUGAUAUUCAAGGUGCUGAUACCGGUGAUGCUGUUGCGGAUGCUUUGAAUGCUAUUCUGAAAGAAGCAGAGGAGAAUCUGGCCGAUGCAACGGAUAAAAUUCCCCUAGCGGAGCAGUAUACGAAACAGCUGGAAGAAAAAAGAAAAGAGCUUGCGGAAUUCUCACAGCGUGAAAAGAAACCCCACAGUACUGUGGUUAAAUCCUACUGCAAACGACUGCGUGAUCUUAACGCGGAACGAUUAAAGCUUUUAUGUGGUGAUUCCAACCAUUCGUGUCUGCAGAAUAUUUCCACAACGGUAUCGACAGCCUUCGAUGACUGCCUGUUAUUAAUUAGCCAGUUGAUUACUGCAGGCAGCUGUUGCAGAUAUGUGCAGAAUUCCGCAAAACAGAAAGCAACACUUAAAGAACUUAUAUCAAAUGGAACGCUCGAAAUGAAUGCGAUGCAGGAAAAAGUGAAUGGUCGUGAGAAGAAGCUGCGGAUGUUUAUUCAGACAGCUUUUCUGAACCGAAAAAAGUCUGCUGCAGAUGUAGAAACCAUGAUUGACCGAUUGCAAGGCAAGAAAACUGCAGAAGAUUUACACAGGCUGGCUGUCACCGCAUGGAAUGAUUAUAACAGUUGUGAAAUGCCGGAUUACGAGACCAUAAACAGGCUGCAGAAGCGAGUUACCGAAUGUAAUCAGAUGAAGAAAGACCAAAGCGAAAUGCAGUUCAGUCUGCGGAAAUCUCAGGUGUCCUCCACUUUUCUUCGCCAGCAGUGGAUCAAUAAACUGCAGGGCGAUUUGGCCAUCAUGAACGAACGUCUCCGGCUGAUGUUUCGCAGGAUAGGUUUCGAUGGCCGAGUGGAGCUGUCCAUUCCGGCGCAGGAGAACCGCUUCGACGAGUACGGGAUUGAUCUGUAUGUCAGUCGGGAAGAAGGUCGGGAGAUGGCGCGUUUGACACGGCACCACCAGAGCGGCGGGGAACGCGUGGUGGCGACGGCGGUGUAUCUGAUGGCGCUGCAGGGCUGCUCGGAUGUCCCAUUUCGCAUUGUUGACGAAAUCAACCAGGGCAUGGACCGAAUCAACGAGCAAAAAGUCUUUCAGUUGUUGCUGGAAACGGCUAGAAAGUACGAUGCGCAGUAUAUUUCCGUGAGCCCGAAGAUGGUGCCGGACUAUACCGGCGGAAAUGAGCAAAUAAACUUUUGUUUUCCCAUGAAAGCUUUGAUGUCGGUGGUCGUGGAUGGUGCGACGACGCGGUAUCCGGCAUCGGCUUUUACCACUGCCAAUGUCAUUUCAGCAUACGCGUACGACGAUGAGAGUGACGAACUUGAAAGCGAUGACGGCGACGUCGGCAAUAUUGGAAAGACCAUGAAUUUAGGCUGAGAAAGCCUGUAAUGAUUUCUCGAUAGAGGGAAUUGUGCCUUAAACAAAAUGCUGCUCAAAUUUGUACGAGCUUGUUGUUGUCUUUAAAUCUCUGUUGUGUAGUUUGUUGUGUUAUGGUUAUGCAUUUCCGUUCAGUUGACUGACAUUUUGGAAUAGGAAGAGUACUUGAUGGAUAAUAAUUAAACGUACUUGAUGGAUUAAUAACUGUUGGCAUUGUUGACAGUAGUAAUUGUUAUUUGUUGGCAUUAAUAUUUUAAUCGUGAAU